UGUACCGGAACUUGCAGAUACUCACAACUCUUACCUUCUACAAGAUGCCAUAAUGACAGAAAAAAAUACUUUGCAACCGAAAAUAUUCGACAUUAUAGGUAUCGCUGCUGAUGAACCUAAAAUUAUUCCGGCGGCUGAUGAGAGUAACCAAAUAAUACCUAUGCCUGCUGCUACAGCCAAAAGUAAAGAAACUGCAAAAGGCACCAAAUUUGGAGAAAUGGCGAAAAGUUAUCUUACACAAGGUUGUAAAAUAUUAGGUUGUGCUCCGCAUGAUAAUGAAAAGCAAAGUUAUUAUUCUGCACCUGAUGCCAAAUUCAGAAGAACUUACAUAGCUUACGCAGCUACUCGUUCUCAAACUUCACGAUUGAAAGAACUUGGAAAGGCGAGAAGAGAUAUUACUGGAAACGCUAUAAUAAAUGUACUUACCCAAAAACUAGCUGAGUUUAUCUCGGGUGGCCAGAAGUAUCCUGUUAAAAAGAUUUGUAAAUUGAUUGGAAUAUGGGUUAGUCUAAAAAUGAUUUCAAACACGUUCCCUACAAACAAUGGUGAUGUAUGUGAAAUAGAACUAUUAGGGGAUAAAGUCAAAAAAAUUGUUAUGUACAGACCAUUGGACGGCAUAUAUUGUCAAAUAAAAGCAAACGACAUUAAUAGUGGAACGAAAAAACUAACUGCACAACUACGAGAGAAUUUAAGUAUUCCUCUUGAGUUUAUAUAA